UGACUGAAGUGGGCGGGGUCUUUCCAUGCGAUGCCGGAAGUGUUAUGGUAUUACAGUUAAUGUGAACACACCAAGCUUUGUUUUCACAAUGUCUAAAUAUAACGAAAAUAUAUGAGAUAAAUACAUCAAAGCAUCUUUGAAAGCGUAAAGGAGUGCGGUGGAAGCAGGUAGGAAAGGCAGGAGACAUGAUGUCUGAGCACAGCGACUCCAGUCUGCCGUCUGAGGAGAGGGUCCGCGCUCUCACCAAGCUGGGCAGCUCUGUGGAUGUCAGCGAGGAUGUGCCGCCCCGCCGGUACUUCCGAUCAGGGAUGGAAAUCAUCCGAAUGGCCAGCAUCUAUGCAGAGGAGGGGAAUGUCGAGCAUGCGUUCAUACUUUUCAAUAAGUACAUCACGUUGUUUAUUGAAAAACUUCCUAGACAUCGUGAAUAUAAAACAGCUAACAUUCCUGAGAAGAAAGAAACGAUGAGGAAAUUAAAAGAAGUUGCUUUUCCGAAAGCUGAGGAACUGAAAAAGCUGCUUCUCAAGCAGUACGAAAAAGAACACGCUGAAUAUCUUGUCCGAAAGCGAGCGGAGGAUGAGGCCCAGGCUCGAGAAUUGGCCAAGCAGCGGGAGCAGGAGGCCGAGAGGCAGCGACUGGCCGAGCAGCAGCAGCUGCGUAUGCGUGAGCAGGAGCAGUUCAGCGCCUUUGAGGAGCUGAUCCGCAGGCAGGAGCUGGAGAAGGAGCGCCUGCGCAUCAUGCAGGAGUUUAGCAUCCCGGCGUCACCCGCCUCUCCCCGAGAUCUCCUGGUGCCUGACGUCCAAGGACCUCCACAGGCCUCAUUUACACCACCGACGACCCCCGGAGGGACCCCGAACCAUGUCUCUCAAACUUCAUCCCUCCCAGCGUUUGACCGCUCAUUGAAGCCUAGUAUUCCAGUCAGUGCAGGACACAGUGCGCUGGUGAAUGGCUUGCGGCAGCUCUUUGUGCCUGCCGAGCUGUGCCAAAGGUUUUUAAAGCUUGCAGAUGCCAACACAGCACGAGCCGUGGAGACCUGUGGGAUACUCUGUGGCAAGCUGAUGAAGAACGCCUUCACAGUGACACACGUGAUCGUGCCCAAGCAGUGUGGAGGACCAGAUUACUGUGACACAGAGAACGAGGAGGAACUUUUCCUAAUCCAGGAUCAGAAUGAUCUCAUUACACUGGGCUGGAUUCAUACCCACCCGACCCAGACGGCCUUUUUAUCCAGCGUGGACCUGCACACACAUUGCUCUUAUCAAAUCAUGCUCCCAGAGUCUAUAGCCAUUGUGUGCUCACCUAAAUUCAAUGAGACGGGCUACUUUCGGCUCACAGACUACGGGAUGGACGAGAUCUCAUCCUGCAAACAAAGAGGAUUCCACCCGCAUCCAAGGGAGCCGCCCCUCUUCUCUGCUAGUCAACACAUCACCAUCACAGACGGAAGUGUGAACGUGAUGGAUUUGCGGUGAUUUCAUCACUACUGCUGCUGCGAAAUACGUGCCUUUGCUCUUGACCUCACAGCGACUUGCCAAGAAGCUCCUAAUGGGCCAAAAAGGUCCCGUGUUGAACAUCACUACAUAGAAGCUGGGGCUCUAUUAUCGCAUCUUAGCAGUCUAUAUUUAUUGGUUUAAUUCUGUAAUAUCCAAAUGUGUCCAAUAGGAGCUUAAAUUUGAGGUGUGUAGCAUUAGCAGCAUCAAAUGGAUUUGUUAAAAUAAAGAAAGUUGUGACCUCAAGAAAACGAAAUGGAAAAAUAGAGAUGCACGACUUCUGUGAGCUUCCAUUUGUUAAAACCAGUUCAUUCUAUUAUUAACUAAUUAUGUUGCAGAAAUUACACACUUCCCUUAUAAACACCUAUAAAUAUUUCAGUGUGCACUGCAGAAAAUGAUUUUCCAAUACAAGUGUCUAAACAUUUGCUUGAGAAACAAAAUUAAUCAAAUUGUUUUCUGACAAAAAAUAUCAAAAGUAAGUGAGUUUAUGCUUAAAACCUGAAAAAUAUAGAAAAAUAAAUGUAAUUUAUGAUGAUUUUAAUAAUGAUUUUUUCUUCUUGCCUUAAGCAUGAAUUCAUUUGAUUGUGCUAAAUUUUUCAGAAAUACAUUUUUCAUCUUAAGUCAUUUUCUUUCUCAAGUAAAUAAUUCUUGAUUUAAGGACAUUUAGAUAUUUGUGAUGGGAAAACAAGUCAGUAAAUCAUUUUUUGCAGUUUUGUCUUUUGACAUUCUAUGUUAGAUAUUCUAUACUAGAAACGUUUAAGAUCUUUAUGUUGAUUAAAAGAUCCUCGCACGCCAUUGCAACCAGUUUCAGACAGACUGGCUUUUGUAUUUAACUUAACACAUGACAAUGAAACCGCUGAUUCUUUACGUCUGACUAUGAUUUUGUUAAUCUCUUAAUAACUACUUUAAUAUGUAUCAGACUGUUAACAUAAAUGCAGAUGAUUAUAGGGAGCAAAGACAUUAAUUUUCAUGUUCUUUCAGCCAAACUAUUCUCUGUUGCUUUCCAUAACAUUAAAAGUGUUGUUAGACUUGAUGGAUUUUUUGUAUGUAAUUUUCUGUAGUUGUGAACUUCAUUUUUGGAGACUCUGAAGCUUUGCAUCUUAUCAAGACAUAGUUAAAUGCAAACAUAUCUUCACUGGAAUAUCAUCUGUUAAUGCAAGACACUACAGCUAAAACCAUUGUAUUUUUAAGGCCCUGGUCAAUUUUGAGAUUUUGGGCUAUUUUCCUUCCAUAACAUGUCUUCUUUGAGACUAUAGGAAAGAAAAUAUCCAAAAUACACAUUUAAGGCUUAUUAUACUGUGUUAUGUACGUUUAUGCAAAUAGGUGCAUAUUUAAUUAGAUAAUGUCUCAUUUGCAUAUUUAGACGUAAGAUUUCAGAAACUUGUAAUACAAAAGAAUUGUCUUAAACUACUGUGAUUAAUCAGCUGGGGACGUGUGGUGAUAUCUAUGUUUAAAUGUGUCCUGUACUCACCUGUGGUGUUUUGUCUUAAGUUAUAUUAAAGGCUUUGAAAACUAGCAUUCCUUGUAUUGCACUUAUGGACUGAAAAUAAAAAAAAAUAAAAAAAUACGUUUAUUGCGUA